AUGUUCAACAGUCAGCCACUCCCACCGAUGUCUGGCCAGCAGACUCUCCAAUCGUGUAUCUCGUCAUUCACCUCAUUCCCUCACAAGAAUACGUACUCGAGUGCCGCUUAUAAUCUUCUGAAAACUCAAAUUCCAACGAAUACCGACGUUCUUCUAUUCCAGACGAGAUGUCGUCGUCGGGCGAAGAAAAAGAAGAAUCGAGUGGGAUUGAUUGCGGCGGAACCGAUUCAAAAGUCACAGAUUGUGUUGGAAAUGAAUGGACAAGUGGCGUUGAGCGAAGAGUUUCCAGCAAAAAAUGGGAAACAAGGAUGCUUUAAAUAUGACGGCGUCUCGGCGACAUCAGAAAACGGAUCAAAAAAGUUGUUUCUGAUAGACACGAAUCUGAAUCGUAAUCAGGAAAAAGAUGCGAUGUACACGAGAAGAUCUUGUAAACCGAAUUGUGUGCUGAAACAUAUUAUUAGUCGACACGAACCGAUUGGAAUAUUGAUUUUAGCGAAUCAACACAUUGUCUGUGACGAGGAAAUCACUCUUCCGUUCGACGUCGAUUGGCUGGAAUCGCGGGAUCCGUUGCCUUGUGUGAAGCAUGAAAAGAAUAUGAGAGAGUGUGGAUUGGAGAAGAGACGCAGAAUGGAGGAGGAGAAAAGACAGAAGAUUGCGGAUGAGUUGGCGGAGAAACGAGCCGAUCCGAGAUAUUUUAUGGCUGGAGAGUUUAGAAGGGUGCAGGAGAUAUUCAGAAGACGAAAGACGGAAGAAGAGGAGUCUGGAGAGAUGGCGACGACGUCGGAGGCUGUGGUGGUGGCGACGACGACGAUGACGAAGACUUUAGUGAAACAACAGAGACAGAACCCCAAAUUCAUGGAGUUGGAUUCUGAAAUUCUGAAUUCUAAAGUGUGGAUUCUGGAUUCUGAAUUCAGUGUAUUAGGUUCUGAAAUUCUGAAUUCUGGAUUCUGUGUUCCGUUUUCUACCCCUCCCAAACCAAUGAUUGCUUGGAAACCACCAUCUCAACCAUUCCAAAAUCCAAAGAAACGUCCGAAUCACUACUCUUCAACAGCUCUCACAUACCUCAAAACAAUUCCACGUCUUCACAAGAAUCUAGUACUCGAUCCGAAAUCUCUGAAUAACGCAUUCCGAAUGUACAGUAAAAAAGACGAUUUGGAGACGUUGGUGACGUCAGAAACUAUCGAUCCAUCUGGAAUUCUUCUAGAAAUCAAUGGAUUCAUUUCGAUGGCUAAUGAAGUUAAAAGAGUCCCCGGCGACGGAACCCUGAUCUACGGAGGGCUGGAUAAGACACAAAAACUCAUUUGCAUCGACACAAAGACCCAUAACGACGACGCGCGUGUCAUUCGUCGUUCGUGUUUCCCGAAUGCCACGAUAUACCACGUCACAGAUGAUUCCGAAUUGCUUCGAAUCGUGUUGGUUCCAACGAGAGUUCUCAAGAAAGGGACUGAAAUCACUCUAGCAUUCGAUUUCGAUUCGAGACACUCGGAAGUGCCGAUUGAAUGUGCAACACAUAAGAAUAGUAUGCAUUUGUGCUCUUUUGAGAAUGAAAGAAAACGACAUUUGGAGAAAAAAGAAUGUAAACGACGUGCGGCGGAAUGUGGGAAUUCUGAGUUAGAAGGUACCACGCCGAAACGUAAAAUGGAGGAGACUCCAGAAUCAUCUGAAUCCUCGGAACGUCUUCUGGAAAACCUUCAGAAGAUAGCUAUCGAUACACCACCUGGCUCCAAGCCCACAUUCAAAAUUCCGCCACAACGUCUUAGUAGAAGAAAUUCGUUCCCCGUGACGAAUCCGACGUCUUCUGCGAUGUCGGGGAUUCUGAAGGAUCUGACGCCGUCUGAGUCGGAAAAGACUCCUCCCAUCCCAAUUCUUUCUCCACAAAAACCAACCGAAUCGACAUCAUUCACCAAGCAAGAAUCGAAAGAAAAGCUACUUCCAAUUGACAUUGAAAAUCUUGCUCCAGAAAGCCCUCCAAAUGAUCCUAGACCUGGAGACGUCUUGACAAUGGAUUCUGAAUCCCCAACGUCAUCUGAUUUUACGAAACUCUCACUUCCAUCUGUUCCAUCUGAUAUUCCGACGUCUUCUGAUGCUUCUGAAGCUCCAACAUCAUCUGCAACUCCAUCUGAAGUCUCAACAAUUCCCAUUCUCGUAGCGCCAUCCGAUAUUCCCACGAUUUCAGAUGAAAUCGCGACUGAAGAAACUAAAAAUGGAGAUUUUGAAUCGAAUGAUAUUGCAGAGACUCCCCCACCACCAUCAUCAUCCCACAGAUCUGCCGAUUCCACCGCCGCCGACGACGACACGGACGAAAUAUCCGACGAAGACGAAGCCGAAUCGUCAUGGGAAAUGCGUUGUCACUGUUGCAUGCCGCACGAGUGUGGCAACACAAUCGAGUGUGAUUCAUGCAAGACGUGGCAACACAUGGCAUGUAUGGGUCUGACAGAAAAAAGUGACGUCUCGAAUUACCUUUGUGAAGUUUGUCAACCGAGAAAGCUUCCGAUGAACAAGACGACCGCCGUCAAACUUCAGAGACAGAUUCUGAAGGGGUUGAAGGCGUCAACGUCACGAAAAGGGGAUAAGAAGAAGAAGAAGAAGAAGAGACGAACUGGAAUGGUGGUUCAGAAAACUCCAGAAUCCCAGAAGACCAAAGGAAACUCUGAAGGUGUCGCUAGUCUUCUGAAUUCUCUUUCCACGACGUCGUCCGCUGAAUCGCUUCUGAAGGAGGCACGUCUUCACCGAAAAGCCAAACGAUCCAGUGAUAACGACGAGAUUCUGAAGGCGACCUGUGAUGUGAAGGUUGGUGACGUCAUCCUCGAGGUUUCUGGAUACUUGUCGAAGCCAGAAGAAGUCAAAAGGAAGGCUGGCGGUGUCGCUGGAAUAUUUAUGUAUCAUGGCCUUGCGAUAGGCGAUUCUGGAGAUUCUGAAGGCGUCCUGUGCAUUUCCACACGAAAAAAUGGGAUUUCAGCGAAUGUCAGAAGAUCGUGCGCGCCGAAUUCCGCGUUAAAACACGUUGUUGACGUUGAAAAUCAACUGAAAUUCAUCGUCAUCGCCACAGAAGAGAUCGCACGUGGACACGAGAUCACUCUGCCGUUUGACGCCGACUGGAGGGAAUCUAGAAUACCGUUGAAGUGUGCACGUCAUCUGAAGAAUCUUGGAGAGUGUCCGUUGAAGAAAGAGAGACGACGGGUGGCGGCGGAGAGAAGGAAAAGUGAUCCGGAGGAGAAGACGGGGAUGAAGAGAAGACGUGGGGAGAGUGGAGCUGAGGGAUCGUCGUCGUCGUCGUCGUCGGCGAAAAGAUUCAAGAUUAAGGCAAUGCCAAUCCGCCACUCGACUCCUCACCCAUCAAUUCUCCCACCAUCUCUUGAACAAGAAGAUCAGAUUCAACAGAAUCAAUACUCGCCGAAAGUCGUCAAAAUUCUGCGUACAAUCCCUCCAUUCCACUUGGAAUCCCCAUAUCUCAAUGCAUCCGGUUACUCUCAAAAGGCUCGAUCGGAUUCUGAUGAGAUUCUGAAGACGUCGUGUCCAGUGUCUCCAAGAAAAGUUAUCAUGGAGAUGACAGGAUUCAUAUCAACACCGAGUGAAGUGGAACGAGGCGAGGGAGUAUUCGUUUAUGAUGGAUUAAUGAAAGAAGGAAUCGAUAAGAAUUCACCGGAUUCUCUGCUCUGUAUCGACACGAAACGCGGUGGAAACGAGGCGAAACUCAUACGAAGAUCGUGUGCUCCGAAUUCGAUAUUGAAGCAUGUCGUUGGAACUGAAAGUAUCGAGAUUCUAGUCGUCGCUUCUGAACAGAUGGAUGAGGGAACUGAGGUUAAGCUGCCAUUUGACGUGGAUUUUGUGGAGAGAGGCGAACCGUUGAAGUGUGUGGAGCAUGAGAAGAAUAUGAGCGAGUGUCCGAUGGAGAUGAGAAGAAUUUCGGGAAGAAAACGAGGCGGACAGGAUAUGAGAAUGGAUUUUGAGAAUGAGAUCUCCCCUGUUCCACGUGUCAAUUCCUCUCCACUUUUCUCGACUCCUCUCCAGAAUCCCAUUCCACCUCCAAUCACAAAUCCAUGGAAUCAAUUGAACCUGUUGAGUCGCAUAAACUCAGUUUUUGGAUCCACAGAGCCAUCAGACCCCACAAUUCAACCGCCACGCCACGAAUCUCCACAUCUCUAA